CUACUACGCAUGUUGCGUCAAAACGGCGACUUUGACGAAAUCGACCGGUCAGAGUUGCCACCCUUCCAGCAGCAAAGGUCUGGACUACUACGCAUGCCGCAAAGCGGCGACUUUGACGAAAUCGACCGGUCAGAGUUGCCACCCUUCCAGCAGCAAAGGUCUGGACUACUACGCAUGCCGCAAAGCGGCGACUUUGACGAAAUCGACCGGUCAGAGUUGCCACCCUUCCAGCAGCAAAGGUCUGGACUACUACGCAUGCCGCAAAGCGGCGACUUUGACGAAAUCGACCGGUCAGAGUUGCCACCCUUCCAGCAGCAAAGGUAAAUACGACAGUAAGGUAGUACGACAUUCGUAUAUUUGAUAUA